GUAUGUGCCCUGACCAGGGAUCAAAUUUGCAACCUUGGGUUGAACAUUAUUAGUACGAUGCUCUAACCAACUGAGCUACGUGGGCAGGGUUAUAUUGAUAACUUUUAUAUGCAAAAUACAAUUGCUUUCUCCCAAGCUCUCUGAAUAUUUCAUCCUACUUUGAGCAUCAGGCUCAAGAUAGGACAUAGGAUAACCUUUGUUCACUUAUUGCCUGGCUGACACGCUUGCUGGACUAGAAUCAUAGAAGGGCCUUUAUCUGUCUUUUUUCACUCAAACCAGUACUUGAUCCACAAGAGGUACACGAUGCAUACUUCCUGAGUGUGCGUUACCUUAUUUCUCAUUUUCAACGGAAUGAAUCAACACUCAGGGUAAAUUUCCAAAGUUUAGAGAGGAAUAGUCAAAUCAGGAUGUAAGGUCAGUUUGACUUGAAACUCAUUCUGAGAAUGUAUAACAUGGUCUGUAUCUCGGUGUGACUUAGAAUCUGGUGGAGGGAGGUAAGAGUAGGUAUAAUGAAGAAAUGAGACGACAAAGGGUAAGCUAAGGCAUUGGCUGUAGGAAGGAAGAGAUGCAACUGACAGCUUGAAGAGGUCAAGGUGUUAAUGUCCAAGUGUGGUCAAGGAUAGAGCCAAGGAUGACUUUCAGCCUCUUAAAUGCAUUUUUAUUGAUUUCAGAGAGAAAGGGAGAAGGAGAGAUAGAAACAUCAAUGAUGAGAGACUAGGAGAAUGAUGAAAUAGGCACAUUUGGAGAGAAAACUGGAUAUGAGAAUUCAAGUUCAUAGACAAGCCAACUAGCAGCCCAGUUGUUGCUGAUCCCUGGAAGGAUACAUCUACAUUUUUGUUUGAAGGAAAUUUGGAGACACAAAAUGGAACAGAGCAACAACAAAGAGGGCCACGGUGUGGUGGGUGGUCAUUCUGAUCUUCCCGUCAAGAAGGCGAUUAAUUUUUCCCCUCCGCUAUACAGACAGCGUUACAGCUUCGUUAACGACCUGGUGAAUCAGCACAAACCCAAGAAGGUGGCAGACUUGGGGUGUGGCAAUGCUUCCCUCAUACAGAUGAUUAAAUCGCACAGUUGCCUGGAACUGAUUGUUGGAGUAGAUAUCAAUAAAGAUAAAAUAGGAUCGCAAAGGUGUAGAUUGUCUCCAUUCUCGGGGGAGUAUCUAAGCCCCCGGGACCUGAAUCUGUCGAUCAUCUUGUACCACGGCUCUGCUGUGGAGAGAGAUUCUCGUUUGCUUGGAUUUGACUUAGUCACGUGUAUCGAGUUAAUAGAACAUUUGGAUUCUGAGGACCUGGCCAGGUUUCCCGAAGUCGUGUUUGGGUACCUGUCUCCGGCCAUGGUUGUCAUCAGCACGCCCAACUCGGACUUCAACCCCCUGUUCCCGGCAGUGACCUUGAGAGAUUCAGAUCACAAAUUUGAGUGGAACAGGAAGCAGUUUCAGACCUGGGCCUUAGGGGUGGCAGAUUUCUACAAUUACUCCGUGGAGUUUACUGGCGUGGGGGAGCCACCGGAAGGAGCUGGGAAUGUUGGCUACUGUACCCAGAUAGGGGUCUUCCGGAAAAUCGGAGCGCCGGCCACGGAAUCGUGCGUGGCAGAGCAGUGUGGUCAGCACGUUUAUAAGAUUGUUUAUUCCGUUUCCUAUCCGAGUUUACAGCAAAAGGAAGUCCGCAAACUCGCAUUAGCAAAUGAGGUGUCUCGGCAAAUCCAAAGCAUGCGGCAGAGAUAUGUCUCCAGCCUGAGGAUCCUACAGCGCGGCGAUGGGGACGGCCACCAGGUCAGCGACACCGGGCUCGUCACCUUCUCUGGACCAGUCUUCACGGAACUCGAGAAACGCAAAAUCGAGAAGUCUCCCGAACCGUUCCGCUUUGGGAAUAAGCUCUACGUCCCGCUGGAAAGGCUGCUCGCUUAUCCCAAGGUGAACCGCCUGUGUGACAGCGUGGACACGAUGCGAGCGCUCAUCGCUGACACGGUGAGGCUGAGCAGGGACGGGUCCGCCGUGAAGGUCGACCUGCGGGAUGCGAGUCCGUGAGCCGCCCGUCCUGAGAGUCGGGGUCUCAGCCAAGGGAGGGCUUGCCGAGGAUGCUCUCGUGUAGCCAUUAUUCAAGUAACUUAGUUUUGAGAUUACUUGACAACGUUGUUGUGUGUGUGUGUUUUUUUUUAAUAGGCUUGUUUUGUUUGGGAGUGUUUGUAGAGAGUUCCUGAUAUGCUUGGUUUUUGUUGCUGUUGGCAUUAAAGAAUGUUAAAGAAAA